AUGGUUUUAGCCAAGGUUUACAAACUUCAAAAACAUUUCGAAGGGGUCCCAAAACCCACUGACCUCAAAGUUGUCGAGGAGGAAUUGCCUGAACUGAAAAAUGGUGAGUUUCUUGCCGAAGCGGUUUAUAUCAGUGUCGACCCGUAUAUGAGGGUGUACGAGAAAAAAUUGAAAAUAGGGGCGACCAUGCUGGGUUCACAGGUGGCAAAGGUAGUGGAAAGUAAGAACCCAAAGUACCCGGUUGGGGAGUACGUGGUGGGUAAAUUCGGUUGGAGGUCUCACACGAUUCACACAGGCCAAGAGACGUAUUGGCUACCACCUUACCUGGUCGACUUCGGGGGUCUUUCACCUUCGUACGGUUUAGGGGUGCUCGGCAUGCCUGGGAACACGGCGUAUUUCGGUCUCUUGGAAAUAUGCCAGCCGAAGUCCGGCGAGACGGUGGUGGUUUCUGGGGCGGCCGGAGCGGUCGGCAGUUUGGUGGGACAAAUUGCUAAAAUUAAAGGGUGCAAAGUUAUCGGAAUUGCUGGGUCCGAUGAAAAAGGGAAAUGGUUAAUUGGCGAUUUGAAAUUCGACAGUUUUAUUAAUUACAAAAGUCAGGACAUUAAUGAAGCUCUAAAGGAAGUUGCACCAGAAGGGGUUGAUUGUUAUUUUGAUAACGUGGGUGGUGAAAUAAGCUCAACAGUAAUAAGCAACAUGAAUGAGUUUGGAAGGAUCGCAGCUUGUGGUGCCAUUUCAAGUUACAACGACGACACAGACAAAGCCAGUCCCAUUCAGUACUCAAUGGUGUUUAAACAAUUGAAAAUGGAGGGAUUUGUAGUGACCAGAUGGCAGAACAGAUGGAUGGAAGGCAUCAACCAAAACAAAAAAUGGAUCGAAGAAGGAAAGUUGAAGAUACAAGAGACAAUUACCGAAGGAUUCGAUAAUUUAUUCGCAGCUUUCGUCCAGUUGUUCCAAGGAACAAACGUAGGAAAAUCGAUAGUAAAAGUGUAAAAAUGAACCUAAUUAUGGAAGUACUCGUGACAAGAGUUCAUUCCAAA